GCUUGAGGCUCAAGAGCAGUUCCUUUCGCAUUCGCACGCAGUGGCAGAGCGCCGCGACUGCCCGACUUGAGUUUGAAUUCGGGCUGCCAGGAAAGGGAAAGAGUACCACACAGACCUCUGACUUGUGGAGAUAGCAGUGUGGGUGUCAUUCACCAUCGCUUUUGCAGUUUCCUGCCGCAGCAGGGGUAGGCGUGGGGGUGGCGGUUCUCCUGCUGUGAGCGGCGCAUCGUGAAACAAGAUGUCUGUGCAGAAGGUACGCGGUGCUGAACAGCUGAGGACACGCUUGAUAUGCGCGACUCUGGCUGGGAUCACCAUGAGAGUGGACAACAUCAGAGAGAGAGAAGAGUCGCCGGGACUGCGGCUGCAUGAAGCAUCCGUGCUUCGGCUGAUUGAGAAGGUCACAAAUGGAUGCACGGUGGAGAUUAACGAGACAGGGACAAGGUUGAAGUACAAGCCGGGGGUUGUCAUCGGUGGAAGUGGGCUGUUUCAUGACUGUGGAACGAGCCGAGCAAUUGGCUACUUUGUCGAGCCUCUCAUCAUCCUGGCACUGUUUGGGAAGAAGGCCCUUUCAAUAACACUUCAAGGGAUCACAAACGACGACAAAGACUCGUGUGUGGACACACUCCGAACAACCACGCUACCACUCCUGAAGCGCUUUGGUGUUACGACGGAAGGCCUGGAGCUGAAGAUCCUAAAGCGUGGCGCACCUCCUCUCGGUGGGGGAGAGGUUCUUCUGAAGGUUCCAACAGUCACCAAGAAUUUGACAGCAAUCAACUGGACAGAUGAGGGCAUGGUGAAGAGGGUGAGAGGAGUGGCCUACGCAACCAGGGUGUCGCCGCAAAUGGCAAACCGAAUGGUGGAUUCGGCGCGCGGGGUGUUGAAUCGGCUUUUAGCGGACGUUUACAUCUUCACUGAUCACUACAAGGGAAACGAGUCCGGCAAAUCUCCCGGUUAUGGGCUCUCCCUACUUGCCGAGACAACGACGGGGUGUUUGAUUAGCGCAGAGCGUGCAGCGGUAGCGUCAAGGGACGCGGAUGCUGAGCCGCGCAACGAUGAACGGAGUGGCGGGGGCCUUGUGCUGCCAGAGGAUGUUGGAUCGCAAGCAGCACAGCAGCUUCUCGAAGAAGUGAAGGCAGGAGGAGUUGUAGACUUCACACAUCAGGGAUUGCUGCUUCUUCUCUGUGCCUUAUGUCCUGAAGAUGUAUCGAAGGUGCGGCUUGGUCGGCUCUCGCCAAAUGCAAUAAGGACUCUUCGUACCAUAAAAGAGUUUCUUGGAGUUCAGUUCAAUAUCCAGGCAGAGCCGUCGACUGGCACUGUCAUGCUUUCUUGUGUAGGAAGCGGUUGCAAAAAUCUCUCUCGGAAGAUAACUUAAAAAAAGGCUGUGCGAUGGCCUGACCUAGUAUGUCAUUGUGGUGAAGAGGUACAGUUUUGAUGAAGCCUCUGCUUAUUCCAACCAAUGAGUAAAUGGUCCUUCUCUUAUUGAAGGGGCUUCGAUAAGAAAAGGGUGUUAUCAUUUGCUUGCUUAGUCUUCCCUGCUACUAUGUCUACCUUGCUUCCAUGCAAAGUAAGCUGAGUCAGUAAAAUAGAAACAAUCCU